UCUCUUCAGCUUUUCCUUCCCCUGUCCCUGUCCUUCCAAGGCCAGUGAGGUCCCCUCUCCUGCUCUUCAUUCAGUUCUCUGAGAUACCACUGUGUUUGGAGAAUAAUUCUUAUUUUUGGCUCAAGCCAGCUCUAGUUGGUCUCUUUUCCUUGCGACCAAAGAGUAUAUCAAGCACAUAGCAAGAGCUCCAAAUUGGGGGACCACAUAAUUCUUCAUCUUCUUCAACUUUUGAGGCUGAAAUACGGCACAGUGAAUAAUUACACUGGGACGACCCAGGCAAAGCAGGCCGCGUGGCCACCCCAUCUGUAAGUUAACACGCAGACCACUUUCAACUCAUUUUGUUCCUCAGGCGAUCCUGGACAGCAUAUAGGUAGGGACAGCCAUUGUCUCCCCGAGACAAAGUCCGUGGCAGUAACGUGGUCCAGGGUGGGGUGGUGGUGGGCUCAGGCCAGACGAGAGGGCUCAGGCCAGAGAGUGACUACGUGUUUCUGCCUGGUUGACCUGCAGCCAGAAAACUGAUUCCAGCUGUGGGAGAAAAGGUCAGGGUUGAAUUUCCCUUCCUUUCUUCUUGAUGGAUGAGAAGCUUGCUCUUUAAAAUGUGGACUCUCCAAGGCCAGGUCGACUGGUGUCUUGCCAAGACUGUGUGGGUGGGACAGUGGGCAGGGACCCGAGGGAAGGAGACCAAGGAGGCCCCAGAAGAGCCCGAGCAGCGAGGUGGAUGAAGGGCCUCAAAAGCUAUAAGUGGCCGCGCCAGGGCCUGUGCCUGGGUCUCUGGCCAUGCUACUCCUUGGGCUGCUGCUGCUGACCGCGCUGGCCGGCGCCCGCCUGCUGUGGAACAAGUGGAAGUACAGGAGCCUCCACCUCCCACCUCUUGCCCCCGGCUUCCUACACCUGCUGCAGCCCGACCUUCCCAUCUAUCUGCUUGGUCUGACUCAGAAACUGGGCCCUGUCUAUAGGCUCCGCCUCGGGCUGCAAGAUGUGGUGGUGCUGAACUCUAAGAGGACCAUUGAGGAGGCCAUGAUCAGGAGAUGGGUGGACUUUGCUGGCAGACCCCAGAUGCCCUCCUAUAAGCUGGUAUCUCAGCCCUACCAGGACCUCUCACUAGGGGACUAUUCCCUGCUCUGGAAGGCUCACAAGAAACUCACCCGCUCGGCCCUGCUGCUGGGCAUCCGCAACUCCAUGAAGCCACUGGUGGAGCAGCUGACCCAGGAGUUCUGUGAGCGCAUGAGAGCCCAGGCCGGCACCCCUGUGGCCAUCCAGAAGGAGUUCUCUUUCCUCACCUGCAGUGUCAUCUGUUGCCUCACCUUUGGAGACAAGGAGGACACCUUAGUACAUGCCUUUCAUGACUGUGUCCAAGAUUUGAUGAAAAGCUGGGAGCACUGGUCCAUCCAAGUUUUGGACAUAGUUCCCUUUCUCAGGUUCUUCCCCAACCCAGGCCUCUGGAGGCUGAAGCAGGCCUUGGAGAACAGGGACCGCAUUGUAGAGAAGCAGCUGAGGCAGCACAAGGACAGCAUGGUGGCAGGCCAGUGGAGGGACAUGACCGACUACAUGCUCCAAGGGAUGGGGAAGCCAAGAGCGGAAAAGGGCCAUGGACGGCUCCUUGAAGGACACGUGCAUAUGUCUGUGGUGGACCUUUUCAUUGGUGGCACUGAGACCACGGCGACCACCCUCUCCUGGGCUGUGGCGUUCUUGCUUCACCACCCUGAGAUUCAGCAGCGACUGCAGGAGGAGCUGGACUGUGAACUGGGCCCUGGGGCUUCAGGCUCCCGAGUCCCGCUCAAAGACCCUUCACGGCUGCCCUUGCUCACCGCCACCAUCGCUGAAGUGCUGCGCCUGCGGCCUGUUGUGCCCCUGGCCCUGCCUCACCGCACCACGCGGCAUAGCAGCAUCUUAGGCUACGACAUCCCCGAGGGCACGGUUGUCAUCCCCAACCUGCAAGGCGCCCACUUGGACGACACAGUCUGGGAGCAGCCACAUGAGUUCCGGCCGGAUCGUUUCCUGGUCCCAGGCGCUAGCCCGAGAGUGCUGGCUUUUGGCUGCGGAGCGCGAGUGUGCCUGGGCGAGCCGCUGGCACGCCUUGAGCUCUUUGUGGUGCUGGCGCGGCUGCUCCACGCCUUCACGCUGCUGCCCCCCACGGGCCCGCUGCCCUCUCUGCGACCCAGGUCCCACUGUGGCAUCAACCUCACAAUGCAGCCUUUCCAGGUGCGGCUGCAGCCCCGGGGAGCAGUGGCCCCGGGGCCGAGCCAGCACCAGUGACAGGGCAGGAUGCACGCCGGACACAUGCCUCAGUUUCUCCUUU